AUGUCUGUUCCAAGGGUCAUCUCGUCCGCUCUUGGAUGCAAUGGCUGUCGCAUCGCUAUUGUCAGGUCGUUCGCUUCCAUCUCAGGCGUCCAGCUACCUGCCAUCUCCGAAUCACGAGCGCGACCGGUACGACGGCUGGAUACGCAGCGGAGCGGUUUCCUCACAAGUUCAAGACAAUGCUCAGAGCAGACACCGAAGGAGCACAUAAUCUCAGAAGAUGAAGCACCCGCUCAGGCUGAAGAAGAUGCAGAGGCAGGCGCACCCCCCUCGACUGAGCUGGCGGGCGUUCCCUGGUAUCUCCAAGUCGAAACACAGCAGCGUGCGCCAAGCCUCUCGCACCCGCUUGCAGAGCGGCAACGAUUGCCCGAUCUCCCUGUAGACCCUCCUCCAAUACUACAGGACCUCCUCGAGCAAAUCUCCAUCGAUCUCGGUCUUGACGACCUGACCCUCAUCGACCUCCGAGCUCUCGAUCCCGCACCCGCGCUCGGAUCCAGCCUCCUCAUGAUUGUGGGCACAGCGCGGAGCGAGAAGCAUCUACACGUCUCAGCGGAUCGGCUGUGCAGAUGGCUUCGCAGCACACACAAGCUCCGACCGUUCGCGGAUGGCUUGUUAGGACGGAACGAGCUGAAGCUCAAGAUGAGGAGGAAGGCAAGGCGUUCGAAACUCAUGGCGAACGUGGGCGCGUCAGAGACCGCAUCACCCGACGACGGCAUCAGGACGGGUUGGGUGUGCGUCAAUGUUGGAAUGGUGGAGAGCGCAAAAGACACCGCAGACGCUUCUGCGGCACCGGCAGAUUUCGUGGGCUUCGGCAGACAGCGGGAUGGCGUCAGUAUAGUGGUUCAGAUGUUUACAGAGGAGAAAAGAGUAGAGAUGGACCUUGAGGGGCUAUGGGAAGGUGCGCUCCAGCGCGCAGCUAAAAGACGUGAGAAAGAUGAGCAAGCCGUUGAGAGCAGUGAUUUGGGGCAUGACGACGUCGAUCGGGAGGCGGAUCUCUCGAGGGAGGCUGGCCUCAGAAGCCCAUCCAACUCGAACCUUCUGCCCUCCAUCCAGCCUCGAGUGUCAGGACCGCAAGCGGCGCAGCAGACCCGGAGCCUGCAUGGAGUGUCUGCUGCGCGAAGGCUUCCAAGACGCAGUCUCGGCACAGCAUCCGUUAUCAAUGCCGCACAGCUUCAAAACGAGUUUUCUACGCAGUUAUACCGACAAGCUUCGACUUUCUCAGCGGCUAGCGGCCAUAAGAUACCGCAUGAGGACGACGACGCCGCAGCGCAAGAGAUGCGAAGCCAGCUAAGACACCUCAGCAGUCUAUCACCUGAGGCAGUAGUCCGCGAGCUGGGACCGAGCAUCCGGCCAUUUCCACCCCAGAAAGACACCACCGCCAUGAGCCCCCUCAUGCGCUCAUUCUACUCCCAAAUGCCUCAAUACCCCGACCUGGUCCACCACGAGCUAAUGAUUGAUUUCCAAUGCCUCGUCCUCAACUCCGCCCAUCCAGAAGCGCGUCUUGACCAGGUAGACAACGCACUCAGCAGCCUCCAACUCUCCAGCCUCCCCAUCCCCGCCCGCGUAUUCCACCGCGUCCUCUACUCCUACCUCGCCUACGCCGCCCGCACCUCCCACCCUCAACACGAGCCGCACCCCGGCUUCUGGCGGCGCAAAGCGCUCUCCCGCGCCUUCAGCGUCCUCGACUACAUGGAGCUCUACGGCUACGACGUGCUGUCCGAGGACCUGAUCCUCGCGUUCCACGCCGCCACGAGCCCCGUCGCGCUCUCCGCUCUUCCCGCAACCACAGAGCACACAAAUGCGGCCGCGGAGGAUCUCGCCAUCGAGGACCUAACCGCCACCCGCGCCCGCCUGCGCAGAUUCAUGGACCUCUUCCUCAUCGCCCCCCACGACGACAAGACCUGGCUAACCCUCCUCCAUGCCUACGUGACGGACGUCGGCACCGCCGCCCACGCCGACUGGGACGGCUUCUGGGCCGUCUGGAGCGCGAUGCCAAGGCGUGUGUAUGCGCGCUCGGCGGACAUGUACGGGCUUAUGUUUGCGGCGGUUGCGAGGAGUGGACACCAGGCAAGGGCGAUGGAGGCGCUUAGGACGUGGGUGCCGGAGAUGGGGAGGGAGAGGCCGCCUGUGUUGCUUAGGGGCGAGGUUGUUAGGGGGGUGGUGGAGUGUUUGAGGGUUGCGGAGCCAAGGGUGGAGGAGGGUGAGGGAAGGGGAAGCGUGGGAGAGAGUGAGUGGGUUAGGUUGUGGAGGAGGUGUCAGAGAGUUUUGGAGGCGGAGAGGGCGGGGAGUGUGGAUUGA